GUUGACGCUCAGUCGUUCUACCCAUCGACCGCAUGCGUCUUUGUCGCGAAUCUGCCGGAGGGCGUCAAGGACAACCGUCUCGAAGCUGAGGUUACUCGCCAUUUCAGCAAGUUUGGUGUCGUCUUUGUCAAAAUCCGUCGAGACUCGAAGAACAUGCCCUUCGCGUUCUGCCAGUACACGAAUGACGAAGACGCCAGAGUCGCGAUGACACAGGGCAAAGGUACCGUUAUUCAUGGCCGUGCCUGUCGUACGGAGAUGACGCGAGUUAAUUCUAACAUCCAGUCAGGUGCCUACAUCAUCUACAAUUGCAAUGGCGGCAACCUCAGUGUCGAGGAAGCCCGCAAGGUGCUCGAGUCCUUUGGUCCGUUGAGCAAGUGUGGACCCCUCGACACCCAGAUGCAAGGUGCCAUGAGCCUGGGCAAGUCUGUCUUGAUCGAGUUCACCACGUUCGAUCCCUCUCGGGAUAUCCAAGCUGUAAGUGGCCAUGUUCGACCCAUCCUCCACCACAACAUAUUUCUCACAAAUUUUGAACUUUCAGGCAUUCCGUCACCACCCUUCCUAUCGUGUCGUAGCCUACGAUCCCAAGAAGAUUAUGCAGAGCCCUAAGGUAGAUGCGGAUGAGGCCUGGCUCCAGCGAUACGAAGUUGAGCGUCGCUCCAUCUUCAUCGGGAACCUGCCUGUUGAUUUCCCGGAUCUCGAGGACAAGCUCCGAGCUGUCGUCGAUAAGAUUGGCGAUGUGCUUAACAUCCAGAUCAUUCAGAAAGAGGGCAAGAACGGUCGCCCUACGGCGUUUGCCUUCGUCGAGUUCGCCCGUCCCGAUAUGGCUGAGGUUGCUGUAAAGCGAUUGAGUUCAGCUAUGCUCUUAGGAUGCGAG